UUGGGAAUUCCCCAAAAAGUGAGUUUCCUUUGUUGUUAGGUUAACCCUUGGCGUUUUAUAUUUUUCUUCCUUUUUGGUGAAUACAGAAUGAAUGGUGAGUUCAUGAUUAGUUAACCCGAUGAGUCUGUUUUUUAGGUUUUUAAGUUAUAUUAGCAAUUUACUGCAGAUGCAGGGAAUGUCAUUCUAUCAUUGAGAUGUGUUUAUUUGGCUUCCGAGUUUGAAAUGGGCGAAACAUGUUUUUGUAAUGGAGUUCUAGUUUCAAUUAAAUGCAAAAAACUUAGAAUUGUGAUGGGUUUAUUGACUACAGUUGUAGAACUUUUUAUUCAAGGUUUUCUGUUGUUAUAUCUUUGUAGAUGAAGGGUUCUGAGUGUAUUAAGGGAAAAGGGGGAGUCGUCUUAAUUUCGAUUAUCCUUUUUAAGGAUUAGCAUCCAAGGACCAGGCUAGUGUUUUCAUUGCGACAAAAUUUUUUUGAUCAUCCUGGUGAAGAACUUAGAACUCAUUUCAUCGAAUACAUGAUUGUACUAUAUGUAUAUGUGUGCUCGUGUGGUGUCUAUCGGCUUUGUAAUUAUACAAAGAUAAGAAUCAAUGAAUUGGAGAGAAAUCAAAUUUUAUAUGCACUGUAGCAUUUAUGUAGAGUGCAUUUGAUGCAUUCUCUGUUCUCUUUAUUUUCUUUCGAGUACCCACACCUGGUAAGUAUCCGGUACUCAUACGGCACCAUUUUUGGAGUACCUGUGCUUCAUAGCUGAGGAGCUUACAUUUUUUAACAUUUUAUAAUUUUGCGGCAAAGUUGGGCUAAUAUUUUCUAUAGUGCCUGUUAACUUUCUAUGCAUGGAAGUGAGAUGUAUGGGAGGGAACUAGUGAAUCUGCGGAAGGAGAAUCGCUGGGAGUUCCUUAAUACACUAUUUUCCGUUUCAGAAGUAGUGGCUUAUACGCAGAUGGUUGACAGAUUGGAUGAAGGAGCUAUAGCACCGGAUCUCGGUCCAAUUGAUUAUAAAGGGCUUUACAAGGUGGUUGGAAAGGCCCUCUUCAGAGCACAUAAUGAGAUAAUCUCCAAGCCUGAACUGUUUGUAGACCCUGAUCUAGAGCUAUCUUUGGCACUUUUGGAUCAAAAGGAGGUAUAUUCCUUAUUAUUUGUCCUUAGUUCACAACAUGUCAAAUCUUUGAGUUGCUUUUCUUAGAUCUCCAAGAUUUAGAUUGUUUUUUGUUUUUGUUUCAAUUCUGUUUUGAUUUAUUUGGUAAAGGAAAAUAGAUUCAAUUCUUAUAAUUUAUUCCAUUAUAUUUUCAUUCAUGUUUAUAUCCUAAUAAUGCCCUUCUUGAGUUCAAAAUGAGACUUAAACAGGUACCAAACCAGUGCACCAGAGCAGCAGAGCACACCCGGCCAACAUAGAGCUCACCCAACCAUAAUUAACUUCACCUGGCAACAAUUCAAUUUCACCCGGCUACAAAAGGUGUUGGCCAGCUACAAAAGGUGCCGGCCAGUUACAAAAUGUGUCACCUAGUUACAAAAGGUGCCGGUAGCCAGAUGAUCGACUGGACAACCGGCCACGGAAAAACUUAGCAUUUUUCUUCUGCAGGCUUGGGACAUCCAGGGGUACAACCUGGCAAGGCAUUUUGGCCCAGAUUCGUUCCAGAACAGUUCUGUUCUCACCGGUUGUCAGACCAACAGUAUGCUCUUUGACGACUGGGACCUCAUGGGACAUCUGGGCAAAUGUUCGAAAGGACAUUCGGAUGAACGACCCAUAGACAAAGAACUUCAUUUGGGACAUCCUGGUGGACGUCCACUGUGUAGAGAAUUCAAUAUAUC